AGGUACCCUCUAAUUUAGAGCAAGUUAUUGAGGACGGGGGAAACAAGAUCCGACGCUAUAAAUUUCAACUCGAUUCCCAAAUAUUAACCAGUUGUUACAUAUUACCGACUCAGUUGUCGUGUAAAGUGGCUGACCCCAUCAUGAAGGUGUACUACCUCCUAUUGGUGAGUGCAAUUUACGUUUGGAUCACCCCAACGCAUUCUCGAUUUUUCUAUUCACAUUACACUCCCCUGUCAAGCCCAAUAUUCUCUCAAACCUUCCUUCCAACGCUUCCUGCAGUCUCACCUUUAGCCUACACACCGCGAGUGGCUUCGACUUCUUCAGUUACUUACAACAUACCCAAUGUUCCAACAGCCGAAUAUCGCGGAUUUGGGUAUCGCACCGAUUAUAAAGAUGGGGCUAGUUCGACUGUUUUUUACGUUACGGGACCGGAAGCCCAAUACUUGAAAAGUUUUAUGGAUUUCCCGAGUUUCGCGAAAAAAUCUCAAGACUCAAUGCCUGCAAAAGCACGGAGUCUAGCUUCGGACCUUACGGAUCUUAACGCAAUCCCUGACGCUCAUGGAAAAAUUCAAAGUAUUUUACAACCGGCCGAUUUUGAAAGAUUAUUCGAUGCUGCAACGCCAGGAGUUGUAAAUUUUUAUUCGUUCCCUGCCGGCACUGUUCCUUUAGCUUCGGCGAGAGAAGUGGAAAAUACGACGACUAAUGUCACAACAACUACGCCUUCGAGUAAAGAAGAACAUGUAGCCGCUGAAAGUGUCGUCAAUUCGAAAGUUGUUGUCAACGCUAUUGAAAAUAUGAUUAAAUCAAACGGAACGACGACCGAAAAUACUGAAAAGACCACCAACAACACCACCACCACCACCACCACCACCACCACUACUACCACCGAAAGUACGAGUGCGAAAGCUUCGACGGAAAGGUCAAUGGAGGUUAAAAUUGAAACUACCACUGCGUUUUUGGUUAAUGUAGAUGACGAAGAUGCCACGACGGUUUCCAAUGAAGAAACAACUACUCAAGUGUAAAUCAACUGGAAUUUAGUGAUGAAUUUGUUAAAUAAAAAUAGAAUGAAUGUUUUAUAUUGUUUGGAUAAUUGUAAACAAAAUGUUAAUGACAACCAAAGUUCCCUCGUACAUUAAGAAAUCGUAUUUAUAGUCAUUAACCAUAAUCAAAUCACCAUGUGACUUAAGAGUUCCUUACAAGUUAACAAAAUUCAUCUCACCUCAAAAUUACACGGAAGAUUGAGAUUUUUAUUAUAAAUUUAUUAACAGCCGAUCAUCUUCACCAACGCAAUAAAUUUACAAAAUUAAAUGUAUGGUUUAGUGCAUUAUUUGUUUAACCUGGUCAAGAAAAUUAAAAUAAAGUUUUUCUAAUCUUUA